ACUUAUCCUUUUCUUUUAACCAUGCUUUACGAACAAUUAGGACUCCGUAUAACCAAUGAAGAAUACCACUUCACUCCUCUCUUAGAACCUGCGAAAGAAGGUCCCGUGUUAGAUAACGUCGAAACAUUAACUGUUUACCGAGAGUCAGGCCAACUACAACUUAAUGCACCACCUAUACAAAAUGCGCACAUUGAGAGCGAAUUAGUUGUAUAUGGCAUAUUGGGGUUCAUCCAACUUCAAGCCGGUGAAUACAUGAUUGUCAUUACAGGAUGCCAAAGAGUGGGCACACUUAUGCAAAAUUGUGAUAUUUUGCGCGCAACAAGUUUCCAAAUAUUGCCUAUCGCCCGUAACACAAACGGUCUUUCAAAUCAGCAAUUAGACGAUGAACAAGCUUACAUCCACCUUUUGCAAAGUCAUUUAAAACAAAAUGCAUUUUAUUUCUCUCAUAGGUACCAAAUAACUUUGUCAGUGCAAAGACAAGCAGAAAUGACCAGAGAUUCGAAUGAUUGGAGAGAGGCCGAUACACGAUUCUUUUGGAAUCGUUUCCUAUGUGAAAAAAUGAUUAUUGCUACAUGCGACUCUAGAACAAAUCAGGACUUCAGCUCUUUUAUUCUCCCGGUCAUUCAAGGAUUCGUAUCUGUGAACCCAGCAGUAAUAAACAACAGAGCAGUAACAUUUGCAUUGAUCAGUCGACGCAGUCAAGAACGUGCAGGUACUCGAUACUUUUCUCGUGGGCUUGAUGAAUACGGAUUUGCAUCCAAUUUUGUUGAAACAGAGCAGAUUAUUUUAUGUGAUCCACCCAAGUCUUUAGAGCAACACAAUUUGAUCCGUCUAUCCUAUGUGCAAACCCGUGGAAGUGUACCUGCCAUUUGGGGUCAGAUACCAAAUACACGUUAUACACCUAAACUUUGGUUGAAUGCAAAUUUGGCCGAUGAAAAGGUAAUCGGUCCUUCCAGGGCUCAUUUCGACCAACAAAUUAGGUUGUAUGGACCACAAAUACUGGUCAAUUUGGUCAACACAAAGGGUUAUGAAUAUCCAGUAGGUCAAUUAUACGCUGGAAUUGUAAAGGAAUUGAAUGAUCCAAAUUUGACAUAUAUUCACUUUGAUUUUCAUCACGAAUGCAGAAAAAUGAGAUGGAAUAGAGUACAAUUAUUAGUGGAUCAAUUAGAACCAGCAUUAAGAAAACAAGAAUAUUGCGUAUAUGAUGCCACUGAUCCUAGCGCUCCAAUUUUGCGUAAAACCCAGACAUCAAUGAUUCGCACAAACUGCAUGGAUUGUUUAGAUAGAACAAAUGUGGUUCAAAGUACAUUAAGCCGAUGGGUCUUGAACAGACAAUUACGGGAAGUAGGUGUGCUCCAAUCUACCGAAGUAAUUGAAAACGAUGAACAAUUCAUGCAAUUGUUCAGAAACAUGUGGGCAGAUAAUGCUGAUGCACUUAGUGUUCCUUAUUCUGGAACAGGAGCUCUCAAAACGGAUUUCACUAGGACUGGCAAACGUACUCGCACCGGUCUUAUCAACGAUUUUAAUAAUUCGGCCAUCCGAUACAUCAAGAAUAACUACUUGGAUGGUUCUAGACAAGAUGGUAUAGACUUAAUACUUGGCAAUUAUAAGGUUCCUUCCCACAUAGGAGAUAGUCCCUUUAAAGCUACGCCAUCAACAAUUGCCAUCAGAUUGGUUCCAUUACUGUUCCUGUUUUCACUUGUAGUAUUUAUGGUGAUAUUGUUCACGCCUGAUCUGUUUAACAUACAAUCAUCCCACAUUUAUAUAUCCUGUCUUGCUUUUGCAUUUGCAAUUGUGGUGACAUGCUGGUUAUAUAUCCAGCAAAAUGGAUCUGAUUUCGUGGAUUGGCCAAAGCUCUUACCGGCCGCCCAGCGACAUCGAGUAGAUGAGAAUACAGCAGACAAUGUUCACCAAAUAGACGUUAUUCAUCAAGCCACCGAAAUUGUUCAGAAAUGGACAAAUAGACGUGAUAGUACAGCAGUAUUAAAUGAAGCAGAACAAGGUUAUGAACUGCUGCCUACAACAUUAAAGAAAACGACAUAGACUCGCUGUUUAAAUUAUAAUAAAAGUUUGGCACACACUUA